AAAUUAACAUACGUUACAAAUGACAGCCAACCAGAACUCCUAUAUAUCCUCCUAAAUCCCAAAGUCUAAAACCAACAACAACCGCUCUGCAAUCUCAAAUGGCUCUAAACCUCCACAUUCUCCUCCUCAUUCUUUCCCUUUCUUUCAUUCCUGCCCAUUUUUCCGACGUCGCUGUUGCUCGAAAAGCCAUCGUAGGCGGAUGGGAACCGAUCAAGGACCCGAAAGAUCCAAAAAUUCAAGAAAUUGCCAAAUUCGCAGUCACGACAUACAACAAGGAGAGUAAUAAAAAUUUGGUGUACCAAGAAGUCCUCAAGGGCGAAACUCAAGUUGUUGCGGGCACAAAUUAUCGAUUAGUUAUUGCUGCUAAAGACGACAAGGUUCUGAACAAUUAUGAGGCAGUUGUGUUCGACCAGCCCUGGACUCAUACCAGGAAUCUUAGUUCCUUUAAGAAAUUGUUGCAGCUGUAGUAACGUUUUUAGAUGCAUGUUAUGUAGUAUCAGAUUUGUGUUAUUCAUGUUAAUUGUUCGAUGUUUUACCCUGCGAAAUACAGUUCAAUACAGACUGUUAAUAUGAUUUGAUGAACAA